AUGCGUUAUCGUGAAUUAAUUAACUAAUUAAUCAAUUAAUCAGUUAGUAUGUUUGCAAAAUCGUAUAAUUAAAUCAUCCUCACUGAACACAGAUUGUAAUUGUGGCAUAUAAUACAACAACUACAAACAAAGAGGAUGUGUCCAGGUAACAUGCCGCCUCAAUGCUUCUGUAACGCAAACAUGUAUAAUGUUAUAAUUUUGGGAUUAUCCUUCAUGUUUAUCUACACAGCAUUCCAUACCACGUCCAUGGUUCAGAUAACUGUUCUUCACAGUGCUUCAAACACCACGAGGCAAGGCGAUGGUUUCGUAAGUCUUGGUAUUAUCUACGCAACCUUCGGUCUCUGCAACUGGAUCGCUCCUGUUGUUAUAUUCUUGUGUGGCACCAAGAUCUCAAUGAUAAUGGCUGGUGUCACAUAUCUACUGUUUAUCAUGUCCUUCCUGAAACCAGUAUAUUGGACUCUCUACUUAGGAUCAUUCCUUGUAGGAUUUGGAGCAGCGGUUAUUUGGGCGGCGCUAUCGGCAUUCCUUGCCAAAAGUUUUGACUCGAAGGCAAUGCCUAGGAAUAGUGGAAUAUUUUGGGCUCUCUUUCAGUGCAGUUUAUUAUUGGGUAACUUGUACUCUUAUUUCACCUUCCAAGGAAAGGAAGUCAUCAGUGACCAAUUGCGAAUCCAGUUAUUUGCUGGACUCAGUGGUGCCUGUGGGUUUGGUGUCCUUCUCUUGUUUCUUCUCAGAUCAAAGGUUCGACCACCACCAUUAUCCAGUGUUGAACAUUUCACAAAGGAGCUUGUCCACAGUCCUGUGAACAUUGCAGAUGUCAAAAGUACAUUCUUGAGGGCAUUUCAGUUAUUGAAGAACAGAAAUAUGCAACUGCUUUUCAUACCAUUUUUGUACGUAGGAAUUGAAAUAACAUUUUUCUCUGGUGUAUACGGCACAUGCCUUGCUAACAACAAACACUUUGGGCAAGAGGCUAAGGCAUUGAUUGGAUUGUCAGGAAUGUUUAUUGGUGUUGGUGAAAUUCUUGGUGGCAGCACUUUGGCUAUUUUGGGAAAAUUGACUCAACAUUAUGACAAAGCCCCUUUCAUAUUUAUGGGAUAUUUGAGUCAUAUAACAGCUUGUUACCUUGCUUUUCUCAACUUACCAUUUGACUCUGCACAAGGGGAAUCAAAUUCUCCCACAUAUAUACCAUCAAGUAUUGCUGUAGCGUUAGUCUGUAGCUUUUUACUUGGAUUUACUGAUAGUAUCUUUAAUACACAGGUAUUAGCUAUUGUAGGAACCAUGUUCAUAGAAGAUGCAGUCGCUGCUUUUUCCCUGUGCAAGUUUUUUCAGUGCUUUGCAGCUGCCAUCUCCUUCUUGUACAGUAUAGCACUUCCACUCCAAUGGCAGUUACUCAUCAUAGUCAUUUUAAGUACAUGUUCUGCCAUCUUAUUUUUCUCACUGAAAUAAAGUAUAUUUGGAAUGCUUCUAUGUUUCCUUUGACAAUUGAAGAUGUCAAACUCAGAUUCACCAAAUUUGGUCUUUCAACUUAAUACAUCUAUUUUAAUAUUCUAUUUUAGUAGUAUUUCCUUUUUUGUUUUUUUCAUUUUACCUACACUGAAAUAUUUACAAUCAGGUAAGUGUGAUUAUUUAUGCAUAUAUUUCUAUCUUUUAUCUGUUUCGGUCACACUGGGGCACCGCCUUGAAUUUUUAGUCGAAUGAAUCGGCCCCAGUACUUAUUUUUUAAACCUGAUAUUUAUUCUAUUACUGUAAAGGAAUAAGCAAAACAAAAAUACACACACACAUUCACAUUUUUGUUUUCAUUUACUUGAUUGUCAGCUGACUGUGGCCAUGCUGGACCACUGCCUUUAUUUCAACAAAUCUACCCCAGGAAUUAUUCUUUGUAAGCCUAGUACUCAUUCUAUUGGUCUCUUUUUGCCAAAC